CCACCAGGCUCCUUUCUCAAGCGCGCGUUCGUCUCCCGGUCGGAAGUCAGAACUGAGUGUUUGUGUUUUUUCCCAGGGUGCCCCGCGCUGCUGUCAUGGCUGCCUCCUUGUGCUGGUAUCCACACAUGGGUUUUUAGGGCUGUGGAUGAAUUCACAGUAAAUGUGGCCUCUAGACUUGGCGUCUUUGCACCCUACUCCUUUCAUUUUCUUUUGUUGACUUCUAAGUGACCCUCGUAGGAGCACGUCUUGGUUGUAGCGAUGUCCGGGGAGAUGUGGAUCCCGGAACUGGCAAUUCUGCGGGGCUUCUCCACUGAGGCUGAUCAGCUGCAAUGGAAACAGGAAGGCGUCGUCGGCUCAGAGAGUGGAUUUUUCCUAAAAUUGCUGCUAGAAGGGAACAAUGAGGCUGUAUUCUUAAAUUCAUUAACUCAAAAUAUCUUUGAGUCAACAAUGAUGGCCGAAGAAAAGAUUGACAACUACCUGGAAAAGCGAAUAAUAACAUUCCUGGAUUAUUCAACAGAUUUGGAGAAAAGUGAAAGGCAGCAGUUGAUAUUUCUUCUUGGUGUGAACAGUUUGCAGCUUUUUGUUCAGAGUAACUGGACAGGGCCUCCUGUUGACUUACAGCCUCAGGAUUUUUUGCCAUCUGUUUUGUUCCAGCAGUUCAAUGAGGCCAAAGAAUUGGAUGCAAUUGUUCUGAGUCUGCUUACCCUAGAUGCUGAAUCAAUCUACAGCUUGACUUCGAAGCCUAUUCUGCUGUUAUUAGCCCGAGUUAUCCUAGUGAAUAUAGGACAUAAACUUACAGCUAUUCGGAGUUUACCGUGGUGGGCUUUGAGAUGUGUGAAUAUUCAUCAGCAGUUGCUCGAGGGGUGCUCACCUCAGCUUUUUGCUCUUGCUGAAUCCUGUAUUGAUCAAGUGAUGAAACUAGAGAAUCUGUUUGGAGAUGACUCAGGUCAAUACCUUGCUAUUCAGUUCCAUCUGGAAUGUGCAUAUAUAUUUUUAUAUUAUUAUGAGUAUCAAAAAUCAAAAGAUCAUUUCAGUGUUGCUAAGAACAUUAGCAAAUUACAAAUUGAUUUAACAGGUGCUUUGGGCAAAAGGACACGGUUUCAGGAAAAUUAUGUGGCACAACUUAUUCUAGAUGUAAGACGGGAAGGGGAUGUUUUUCCAGCUUGUGGAUUAAGUCCAGCACCCACACCUCAGGAACAAUUAACCAAGAAUCUUGAACUCAAUGAUGAUACUAUUCUGAAUGAGAUACAAUUAGCAGAUUGUGAACAAUUUCAGAUGCCUGACCUGUGUGCCGAAGAGCUUGCUGUCAUACUUGGAGUUUGCACAAAUUUACAAAAGAAUAAUCCAGUUCAUAAGUUAACUGAAGAGGAGCUGCUGGCAUUUACAUCAUGUUUGCUGUCACAACCAAAGUUCUGGGCCAUUCAGACAUCAGCUUUGAUCCUCCGGACAAAACUUGAGAGAGGAAGCACACGUCGAGUGGAACGGGCAGUGAAGCAGACACAGGCUCUUGCAGACCAAUUUGAAGAUAAGACUACAUCUGUAUUGGAACGUCUGAAGAUUUUCUAUUGCUGUCAAGUACCACCUCAUUGGGCCAUUCAGCGCCAACUUGGAAGGUUACUGUUUGAGUUGGGAUGUACCAGUUCAGCCCUUCAGAUAUAUGAGAAGCUGGAAAUGUGGGAAGAUGUUGUCAUUUGUUUUGAAAAAGUUGGGCAGCAUGGUAAGGCAGAAGAAAUCCUUAGGCAAGAGCUGGAGAAAAAAGAAACACCAAGUUUAUAUUGCUUGCUUGGAGAUGUCCUUCAAGAGCACUCCUACUAUGACAAGGCCUGGGAGUUGUCCCAGCAUCGCAGUGCUCGGGCUCAACGCUCCAAAGGCCUCCUUCAUCUUCGAAACAAGGAGUUUAAAGACUGUGUGGAGUGCUUUGAACACUCAGUGAAGAUUAAUCCCAUGCAGCUCGGAGUAUGGUUUUCUCUGGGCUGUGCCUACCUGGCCCUGGAAGACUAUGGAGGUUCAGCAAAGGCAUUUCAGCGUUGUGUGAUUCUAGAACCCGAUAAUGCUGAAGCUUGGAACAACUUAUCCACUUCCUAUAUCAGAUUAAAACAGAAAGUAAAAGCUUUUAGAACUUUACAAGAAGCUCUCAAGUGUAACUAUGAACACUGGCAGAUCUGGGAAAACUACAUCCUCACUAGCACAGAUGUUGGGGAGUUCUCAGAAGCCAUUAAAGCAUACCACCGGCUCUUGGACUUACGGGACAAAUACAAAGAUGUUCAGGUCCUUAAAAUUCUGGUCAGGGCAGUGAUUGAUGGAGUGACUGAUCGGAGUGGAGAUGUUGCAACUGGCCUCAAAGAAAAGCUGCAGGAGUUACUUGGCAGAGUAACUUCAAGAGUGACAAACGAUGGCGAAAUCUGGAGGCUAUAUGCCCAACUGUAUGGAAAUGGACAGAGUGAAAAGCCAGAUGAAAAUGAAAAGGCAUUCCACUAUCUCUCGAAGGCAUACAAAUGUGACACACGGUCCAGUUGUUGGGAGAAAGACAUGACGUCAUUUAAGGAAGUGGUUCAGAGAGCCUUAGGACUUGCACAUGUGGCUAUAAAAUGCAGUAAAAACAAAUCUAGUCCCCACGAGGCUGUACAAGUGCUUUCAUCCAUUCGACUCAAUUUACGGGGCUUGUUAUCUAAAGCAAAGCAACUUUUUAUGGACAUGGCAAGUGGAGAAAUUUCCAGUGAGUUAGCUGAUGAGAUAGCAGCUAUGGACACCCUAGUAGUAGAGCUCCAAGACCUAAGCAACCAGUUUCGAAACCAGUAUUGACCGUGUUAGAAGCAGUUCCUGGAGAAGCUGCAUUUACCUUCCGGAAUUUCUCAUACCUGUAUAUCUGAAACAUGAGAUUUCAUUGUUUUAAAUAAAGUUCUGUUUUAUGGCU